UUGAAAACAGCGCAGAUUCGUUUGCAUCUACGGGACAAAAUUGUGGACUUUUCUUUUUAGAAUUUCCCAGACAAUACUGUCAAAUUUAGUCAAGUGUACUUAAAACAAAGCUACGCCUCUGUUAGUAUACUUCCAGCGUUUCCCCCCACUGUAAUUGACGUAUAAUCAAUGUAUCAUUGGGUUAGCUCACUGGCUAUCAGCAAUCUGACAUAGUUUCUGGAUCUGUAUUUUGUUGCAAGAUGAGCAACAAAACCCCUCGAUCAUCAUCGUUUGGUCGGUCGAGGAAGACCAACGACCAAAUCAGAAGGUCAAAUGGAGCCAGUCCUCAGAGACGGAGGUCUUCCAGGUUGUCGGCAAACGAUGAAAACAUGCCCUCUAAAAUGGUGGCUCCACCAGUGGCUGUUAAGCGGUCAAUCACUGUUCGAAAAAUAGCACCCAGGAAAACUCGGGCCCUGUCUGACAGUAACAAGGAGAAUGUAGAAAGAGUAUCUGAAGUGGCAGUAAAGGUGUCCAAAGUCAUGACAUCAUCCCCAGGUGUCGCAGCUGUACCCAAGACUGCGGUCCUCUCGCCCAUCCUGCCCCCUUCUUCUACAUCAUCUCAGCCUAGAGAACCUGAGCAGGACCCCUUUUGGUCCAAAAAAGUGCGGCGCUCAUACAGUCGGGGGAGUUUUGGGGAAAAGUCCUUUGAAAGCCCCAAAUCUCAGCCUGCUGCUUUUUCUUCUCCUAACAACCGGCAGACCAUGUUUGGUUUUGAGAGGCUUCAGACACCAGAGGUGAUGCAUAAAACAGAACGGUCUGGAAAAGCUCCUCAGGGCUCUUCAUCUUUCAGUGUGGGUUCUUUUAACAUCUCAGCUGCUGAUGACAGCGCAUCCUGCCCUCCUGAAGUAGAUCCAAACAUCCCUGGUGUGUGCCUGGUGAAGAAAACCACCAGGAGGAAGCGCGUGCAACAGAUCAAGAUGUCGGAAUUGGAUGUUCUUGCCGCAAAGAUGAAUGCAGAGUUUGAAGAAGCUGAACAUUUUGAACUUGUCGUUGAAUGACAGUUGCAAAGGUCCUCAUGUGUUCAGGACAUUUUAUAAACACCAUAAUUGUCAACAUAUGGCUUAAUUAGAGUUCAUUUCUGAAAGACUGCCCACCAUUUCUUCAUGCAAUCAAAAACUUGAUUCAUUUAAACUAAAGUAUUACAAGCACGUUUAAGAGAUUUAACAGUUUUAUUGAUUUUAGAGAAUAUAAUUGGAUAAUUUUACAACAAUACAAUUAUUAAUAAAUCAGAAAAUAAUUCAGAAAUUUCACCCAAGCAAAAAAAUCAAUGUUGAAUGUUGUUUUUAUUUGUUUAUUUCACAUUUAUCUUAUUUGAUGGUUCAGAUUGCUUAACAUCUAUUUAGCCCAACACUUUUUUUUUUUUUUGUAUUUCUAAUGUUUCUUAAGAUCUUUUGUCUUUUGUUUCUUAAUUGUACAUAUUUGUAAGCCAAAAUAUCUCUGUAGUGGUAAAUGUUUUAAAGAUAAAUGUCAUUUUGACAGGCUGAGUGAUAGUUAACUUUGAGUGUGCAAGUGUGCUUUGAUGCAAAGAAAGUUGUAUGUAUACUGUUUCCUCUAGGUUACAAUAAAUCUCUUAAAGGUGCUUUUAAGUUUAAUUACGUCUUCUCUUUUUCCAAGUUUAUGAUCUAUCAGAUAUGAUAAGUUUUUUGUGUAUAUUUUAACAGAUUGGCAUUAAAAAGAUCAAAUGGUUUGACUACAGAUGCUGAUGGUUGUUAGAGGUGUUUCUGUCAGAAAUGAUUUGCUCUUAGUCCUGGUAUUGCCAUGUCACACCACUAGAG